AUGGAAAGAAGUUUGAUCUUGCCAAAGAACCGGUCGUCUCGGGCCUUCCUAAGGGAGAAGAUCCAUUCUUACGAGACCUCAAGGUUUUCCGUGAUCCGACGGAUAACACAGUGGAAGAUGGCUGUUGGCGCCACGAACGGUGAAAAUGGCCAAGUCCAGCUGUACGAAUCCGACGACCUCGAUUCCUGGUCUUUGAUGCGGGCCCUUCUACCUAUGCUAUGCAGUGGUACCAGGACGAAGCAGGUCAUGAUCUAG